CUUAAGGAGAGCGCACUUUAGAAGAACGCGGAAGUAAACAUGUCUCAGACAGAAGAGAGCAUGAUGGUUGCAGAGUUGUUUAGUAAAGCAGAGUUAUUAAAACAAGGAGCCGAAGCCCGCGUGUACCGGGUGGCAUUUCUUGGAAAGCCGACGAUAGUGAAGGAAAGAUUCUCGAAGCGCUACAGACACCCAGUGCUGGACGAAAAACUGACGCAUCGCAGAACAGUGCAGGAGGUCCGCUCCAUACUGCGCUGUCAGAAAGCAGGUAUAUCUGCCCCUGUAGUUUACUUUGUGGACUACACCUCUCACUGUAUUUUCCUGGAAGAGAUUAAGGAUUCAUUGACUGUGCGUGACCACAUCGCAAAAUGUCAGCAGUCAGAUUCCUCUGGGGAGCAGGAGUUGCGGCGACUUUCUGAGCGGAUAGGCCAGAUCCUGGCCAAAAUGCACGACGAAGAUGUCAUUCAUGGAGACCUGACCACCUCCAACAUGCUGCUGAGGUGUGGCUCAAAAGAUGGAGAGCCCGAGCUGAUCCUCAUUGAUUUUGGCCUGAGUUUCAUCUCAGCUCUGCCGGAGGACAAAGGGGUGGAUUUGUAUGUACUGGAGAAGGCUUUCCUCAGUACCCACCCUAACACAGAGGCUCUGUUUGAGAAGCUUCUGAAGAGCUAUACUGCAUCCUCCAGGAAGUCGUCGGUUGUUAUUAAAAAGCUUGAUGAAGUUCGGUUAAGAGGGAGGAAGAGGUCUAUGGUAGGAUGAUGGUACAUGCUGUGCAGUCUCUGAAGUCUGUCUUUCUGAAAACAUGCUAAAAUGGUUAUCUUGCACAAAAGACUGUUGUAUGUAAAAUGACAGCAUAAAAUAUUAAAAGUUCAUAAUCAAAA